AAAAUGGAAUCGCUUUGGUGCUUCGUAUGUAUCUUUAAUGCCUGCACAUGAAGGCAAUGAUAAACAGCGCAAUCUGUCCUGUAAUGUUGGAGGCCAACCACGAAGAGUCGCUGCCUGCUGCCAUCGGGAAAAAGAGUUUGGUCAAACCACAAGCAAACACCGGCCAACUAGCCCAAUUUGCUGCAUUACUGCAUAUGCAGGGACUCUUGUGCUGGUUGGGCGGAGGAUGACUACGUGGGUCGCAGCAGCCAUAUAGCUAACUACAACCUCUCUGUGUGCACAGCACUGCAGAGGCCAUGCAUGGAUGGAUGCCAUUGGCUCCUGAUGGUGGGCUCGUGACAGUACAAACAGUCCUCAACACUACCAGACAUUGAUGCCCUUCAUCUUUGCAGCAGAUGUAUUGAGGGAGUGCAUCAGCAUUCACAUUGGCCAGGCUGGCGUGCAGAUUGGCAAUGCCUGCUGGGAACUCUACUGCCUGGAGCAUGGCAUCCAGCAGGAUGGCCAGAUGCCCAGCGACAAGCUGUCCGGCGGGAUCGAUGAUUCUUUCAACACAUUUUUCGCCGAUACUGGCGCUGGCCAUUAUGUCCCGCGUGCUGUGUUUGUCGAUCUCGAGCCAACGGUUGUCGACGAGGUGCGCAAUGGUGCGUACAGGCAGCUCUACCACCCGGAGCAGUUAAUCUCUGGCAAGGAGGACGCUGCCAACAACUACGCGCGUGGCCAUUACACCAUUGGCAAGGAGAUUGUUGACCUCGUGCUUGACCGCAUCCGCAAGCUGGCCGACAUGUGCACAGGUCUACAGGGCUUCCUCGUGUUCCACAGCUUUGGCGGAGGCACUGGCUCUGGAUUCACCUCGCUCCUCAUGGAGCGCCUUUCGGUCGACUACGGGAAGAAGUCCAAGCUCCAGUUCUCCAUCUACCCAGCACCCCAGGUCUCUACUGCUGUUGUUGAACCAUACAACUCCAUCUUGACCACGCACACGACCCUGGAACACUCUGACUGCGCCUUCAUGGUUGAUAAUGAGGCCAUCUUCGAGAUCUGCCGGCGCAAUUUGGAUAUUGAACGACCCUCAUACACCAGCCUGAACCGGCUCAUCAGUCAGAUUGUCUCCUCCAUCACUGCUUCCCUCCGCUUCGAUGGUGCUCUCAACGUCGACUUGACAGAGUUCCAGACCAACUUGGUACCUUAUCCUAGGAUCCACUUCCCGCUGGUGACAUAUGCUCCCGUCAUCACCGCCGAGAAGGCCUACCAUGAGCAGCUCACCGUGGCUGAAAUUACCAACGCAUGUUUCGAGCCGGCCAACCAGAUGGUCAAGUGCGAUCCGCGCCACGGCAAGUACAUGGCCUGCUGUAUGCUGUACCGAGGCGAUGUGGUGCCUAAGGACGUCAACGCUGCCAUCGCGGCCAUCAAGACCAAGCGCAGCAUCCAGUUUGUGGACUGGUGUCCCACAGGGUUCAAGGUGGGCAUCAACUACCAGCCGCCUACCGUUGUGCCCGGUGGAGACCAGGCCAAGGUUCCGCGAGCUGUCUGCAUGUUGUCCAACACGACAGCCAUCGCCGAGGCCUGGGGCCGACUGGACCACAAGUUUGACCUCAUGUACGCCAAGCGCGCCUUCGUCCACUGGUACGUGGGCGAAGGCAUGGAGGAGGGCGAGUUCUCCGAGGCCCGGGAGGACAUGGCUGCCCUCGAGAAGGACUACGAGGAGGUUGGCAUGGACUCAAAUGAGGAAAUCGAUGAGGGCGAGGAGUACUAGGCAUUCCCUUGGCGGGAACAAGGGGCUUUUCAAUCCAAGCAAGAAUAGGCGUUUUCGUUCAAAAUGUCGUAAUAAAGAAUUUGAUCGUUC